UGCAAAUAAGAUAUUGAUAAUAAUGCUGUAGGUAAAACAGUAAGGUGACGUGAAACUAAAGCUUUAGCUCCGACGCUGCCUUCUCUCCCCUCCCUCCUUUUCUCCUCUCUUGUGGGCGGUUCCACAGUUUGACGUCAGCGCUGUCAGGGUCUGCACAUGGAUUGUGAAUCCUCUGAGCUGUGGCUCAGUCUUGCAGUCGGGUUUAACCUGUGUGAAUGUAUUGUUGUAAACAUAUAUUUGGUGGGUGAGCUACAGGGGUUUUCUGGGUUAAUUAUUCAGCAUACUGAAUACCUGUCCAGGGUUUUUUAAGGGUUUUUAUUUUCAUAUAUAGGUGCAUAUAUAUAUAUACUUAAAAAAACUAUAUACAUAUAAUAUAUAUAUUUUUUAAGAAGAUUUUUUUCUUCUGUUCCCUACACGAAAUGGAGAAAAUGCCGAGACCGACCUCUGUAAACCCAGCUUUCAUACCUCUGACGCAUGGGGUUCUGAAGUCGUUGCUGGAGAAUCCUCUCAAACUGUCCCUGCACCACGAAGAAGGUUUUGGGAAGGAGAAGGAGAAGGAGAAGGAGGAGAAAUUGGACGACGACGGUUCUGGCAGCAAUGUGCCACAGUCUGCUUUCUUGGGUCCCACGCUGUGGGACAAGACCCUGCCUUACGAUGGGGACUGCUUUCAACUGGAAUACAUGGACCUUGAGGAGUUUCUGUCGGAAAACGGGAUCCCAUCCGGCCCCAGCCAGCACAACCAGCACCAGCAGCAGCAGCCUGCCCUGCCACUGGCGCCCGCACCCCCUCCCACCCCCUCCGUCAUGGACCUCAGCAAUCAGGAGUCCACUUCCAUUCACCAGGCCAUGAGCAACCAGAACUGCAUGCACAGCCCAGGCAGAGCAGUCCUGCCCUCGGCUCGCAACACUCCCAGCCCAAUUGACCCCGACAGCAUUCAGGUGCCCGUGGGCUACGAGCCAGACCCCGCGGACCUGGCCCUGUCCAGCGUCCCGGGACAGGAGGUGUUCGACCCACGCAAGCGCAAGUUCUCAGAUGAGGAGCUCAAACCGCAGCCCAUGAUCAAAAAGGCGCGCAAGAUCUUCAUUUCUGACGAGAUGAAGCAGGACGACAAAUACUGGGCAAGGCGCAGAAAGAACAACAUGGCGGCGAAGAGGUCGCGCGACGCCCGGCGACUGAAGGAGAACCAGAUUGCCAUCCGCGCCGGCUUCCUGGAGAAGGAGAACUCCGCGCUGCGGCAGGAGGUGGCAGAGCUGAGGAAAGAGCUGGGCCGCUGCAAGAACGUCCUGUCCAAAUACGAGGCCAGGCACGGCCCCAUGUGAGAACGUCCUGUCCAAAUACGAGGCCAGGCACUGCCCCAUGUAAGCAGUGGCUUCAAGGACAAACAGUAGCGCCACCCCAAAACAAACCCAUCGUCUGGCACUUCAACACAAGAAGAACAAUUCAAUGUCCCGUUUUGGUUUUUUUUUUUCAGCACUUUCACCACUCUUGUAUCCUGAAAGGAUGCCAGGGUUUUGUUUUUGUUUUUUUUUGUUUUUACCUGAACUGAGAACCGUCGGUAGCAAUUUUUUCCAUUUCCCAUUCCUGAUCUGUUCUUUCUGGUCUGUGCCCAUUAUUCUUAAGGAUACACCUCCUUGUUUAAAACGCCUCCCUACCAAUGUUAAGUGCACAAGACCUUUGGGGUUCCAGUGAUUUAGAGAGUGCAAGAUUAUCAUUUCUAGCUCGCUUUUUGUUGUAUUUUACUUUCAGCGGGUGAUUAUUUGUCUCUUGUCCUAACAUGCUUCUAUACAUGCUGUGAGUUUUAACACUAGCUACAUAAUAAGAUCCUUAUUUACCUGUCUGUGCGUGCUUGUUUGUGUCAGGUGAAGAGGUAGCUCUUCCUAACAUCUCGGUGUGUGUGUGUGUGUGUAUAUAUAUAUAUAUACAGUAUAUAUAUAUGAUUGCUAUUAAUAGAAAACACAAGAGUGUUUCGGCACUGUUUAUAACUCAAGCAAUAACCCCAUUGUAAUCUAAGGCAUGCAGUCUGGAUAUUACUUGUGGACACAAAAGGUAAAGACUUUGUCUCCCCCCUAGGCACACGUAGCGUGCAAGUGUUUGAGGUGAUUGUGCUCAGCAUCAGUGCGCAGAGGGGUGGGGACUUUGGAACCUGCAGUUUGAGAACCUUUUCUUUCACUGGUGCAACUUUUAAAACAAAUCUGCUUGAUUUAAUGAGUUAUUGUGUUCAUUUUGUAUUUUAGGGCUUUCACUUUAAUGCCUGGAUUAUUUCAAAGAGUGACUUGUUAUGAAUAAAGUCUGAUGUUCUGGAGUAUUGAUUACAAGCAGUAAAAAACAGUUUCAUAAAUAUCACACUUUAUUUUAUUCAUAAAAACAGACUUUGAACAAAUAGCUCACGAGUAGGAGCACGUUGUUGUUGUUAUUAUUAUUAUGAUUAUUAUUAUUAUUAUUAUUAUUAUUAUUAUUAUUAUUGUUAUUAUUAUAAUAAUGAUUAUUUUAGCAUGGUUUCUUUCCACAGUUGGGUUAAGUCUGAUCUCCGUGAGUUCUACAUUUUUCAAGCAUGGUUUAUAAGUAGAACUUUUGAAUUUGUGGCUAUGUGUUUGCCUUCUUUUGGUUGCUGGUUGUGAGAUGAAUGUAAAAAGACAUAUUAAUAUAUAAAUAUGUGGGCUGGUGUUGUCCUAUACUGUGGGUAAUCUAAUCGACUUGUCAAUCAAUUUGUUUACUAUAGACCAAAAAAAAUACAAAUAGAUAUUAUAAAAGAGAGAUUUAAUGUUUAUACAAAGCAAUUAUAUUGGUCAUUUUUUACAGUAUUUUUCCAAUACAAAUACUGACAGUGUAUUUUAAGAGACACAAUAUAUAUAUAUAUAUAUAUAUAUAUAUAUAUAUAUAUAUAUAUAUAUAUAUAUAAAUUAAAUCUAUAAUAUAUAAUCUCAGAUAUUGUACAGAGAGACAUGCUUUCAGCUUGUUGGUACUCAUGCAGUACAUUUUUAAGUGGCAUCUACAAUUCUGCUUUGCAUGGCUCAUCAUCACGAUUCAUAUCAUAGGAAGGGUUCAAACAUUACAAUGAAAAGUCAUCUUUAGAUCGUGAGGCCUUCAGGUCACAAAGGACAGCAGCGAAAUGAUUUUGCAGUGUUUUUUUUUUGUUUGUUUUUUUUUGUUUAACAUAGAGACCUGAGAGAGAUUUGCUCCCCUUUUAUAAACACGGCAUUGAUAUGUCACUGCAUUGCAUCAUUAUUGGGUUUUAUCACACGUGUGCGUGCGUGUGUGCAUGCGCGUGUGCAUGCAUGUCUGCUUGACCGGUGUUGUGCAUUCUGGAGGAAUGACUGAAAACCAUCCCUUGUUUACUGCUUAACAGUCAAUUGUUUGAGUUUCUAGUUUUAAAAGUUGAAAAAAAAAACAAAGAAUGCAAUAUUCAUAGAAACUGAAUUGAUGUGAGUUCUGAUGACCGUAAAAAACGAAGUAACUUAGGGCAGCUGGGAGAAUUCGAAUGUUUUAACUAGGCAUUAUACCAGUGCUUGUUUAUGCAAGUGUUUGACUUCUUGUUGGUGACUUGCUAUUGCUCUGCUCGUUUGCUUUGCGUCCCAGGAGUGAUGUCUAAUGCAGGGCUGUAGUGUCUAACUUCUUGGGGUGGUAAGAUCUUCAGAAAUCUGUAGUUACAUUUUCUUGUUGAUGCUGUUUUCAGAAACCGGAAGGUGAUGAUUGUGAUGCAAAUCUGGGCAAACUAAUUCCAUCAGGGAAUUGUCUCCUGCCUCAAGACGAUCUGAACAGGGGAUCAAGCCAGAAUGAGUUAGCAUUACUGUGUUUGUGAAACCCACGCUAGCCCUGCCCCCAGUCCGGGAUUUCAUAAUCAGACCGCUGCUAAAUCUACUAAAUCAGAUUGAAGUCUAUAGGGUUAUUGUUUGGAGUUGUUCAAGCCAUAAUGAGGAGGGUACAAAUAAUUUAACCGGGGUCUGAUUGCACACACCCCUGCGUCCUGAUCAAGUAAAUAAUACAGCUAAUUGAGGGUCGCUCUGAAACCUGGGACUAGAUGCAGGGCGAGUGUGAUCCCGAUAGCCCUGCCUCGUAUAAAGCAUAUAACUCUGAUUCUGAGUCUGUUCAAGUGCCUUGUAAUUCAGUGUAAGAGAUGUAUCAUCAAAGCAAACUUUAGUCUUUUACAAAUGGCUUGGAGAGACCCAGAACUUCAGGGCUGUCCAGUCUAGCAGUCUCUGACUUUCAUUUUGGACCCUUUUAGAGGCUGAAAUAAAAAUGUAAUUUUUUAUUUGAUUUUUUUCCCCCACCUUCCCCUUACCUCUUUUUAUUGGAAUUGCAAACUUUCUGAUGGAGUUCUUAGAAUCAUUAUUCUCUGGAUCCGACUGUAAAACCCUAGUCACGACUUAUUCUGAGAACUUCCUGAUUACAAAGAAGUCACGUGAUCACUUUAACUGCUGGCCCCGCCCUCAUCAUACUAUUACUAUAGGAGUCAGCAGAGCUGAAAGGUCACUGCAUUGUGGAAUUUAUUUGGAAUCAGGAAGGAGCUGGAAACUAGGAUUCUGCAGGCUCAGGCAAUGCUGAUUCCGAUAUAAGAGAACAGUUUGAAUUCCAUGUUAGAGCAAUAUAACUCAACUCAGAGGGGAAGAAAAAUCCAUAGAUAGCAUGUGAAGCUGUUUACCUUUAGAAUUAUUUUUGUACGAUCUUACAGUGGAAAGAUUACCAUUGUACUUCUGGCAACACCACUAGACUGCAUCAGCGAGAAGGGUACAUAAAAGACCAUUUUAGUUUGUGUUGAAUGCAAAGACUUUGCAGCCCAGGCCCUCUUCAUGUCUGUACUUUGUGUUUAAUAAUAAACUCUUUACAGUUUCUUCUCUCAAA